AUGUCUUUAUUCACACCUGCCGAUGGAAUUCUGAGGACAAACACACAUUGGGACGAUCUCCAAGAGAGCAUCUUCAAAGCAUUCGGUCCAGAUGCAAAAUUCGGACCAAACAAGGACGUCAAGGAUAUUGGAUCUGGAAGGGGUUUUAUGUCAAGAAUGUGCUUGGUGUCACCCGAUUGGAUUACAAAAACGGAUGGUGCUCCAGAGAAAUUCAUUGUGAAGAUAUGUUCACAAUUGCCUAUGCAAGAAUGCCAUGGACUAGACGAAACUGGUUACUUCAGUAGCGAUGACUUCGCUAAAGCGUUUGAAAAUGAUGUUAAAAGGCCAUUAAAAGCCAUUGCCAAGCUGGAAGCAGCUGCCACAAAAUUCUCCGAAGAAGAAAAAGAACACUUUGAGAAAAAUCCAUUCGAUGAUCUCUUUGAAAAGUUCUUCAAUAAACAAUCGAUUGAUGCUCUAUUCACAAUGAUGCGUUCGCUUGGAAGUAGUAGGCUGGACGACAAGAUCGAUCAGUUGGAAAAAAUUGUACCUGAAAUAAUCGAUAUCGAUCAUAUUAAGAACGUGACCACGUCUUUGGGAAUGAAGAAAGUGCUCUGUCAUGGAGAUUUGUGGUCGACGAACUUGAUUUGGAGAAAAGGAGAAAAAGAUCUGGAACUGGCCGCUGUCGUUGAUUUCCAAACAGCUCAUUUUGGCCUUCCAACUACUGACAUUACUCGCGUUUUGUGCGCCUGUAUGAGUGGUAAAGACAGAAGGGACAACUGGGAAUCGCUGCUUGAGAAGUUCUACUCAUAUCUAGAAGUAGAGAUGGAGAAGCAUGAUAUGCCCUAUACUUUGGAUCAGUUAAAAGAAGCCUAUCGACAGUACUUUCCAUUGGGAGCUUUCCUUAUCGUGCCUAUGAUCGGACCUCUGUUCCAAGUAGUGAAUACAAGCAACGAUGUCGAGUAUAAGGCGAAGGUUGAGGAAGCGAUUUUCGAGAAGGUCGAGUGCUUGUUGGAAGAUAUUUGCGAAUUCCAUCGGGAGAACAAACAACGCAGUGGAGAUAAAAGCUUGUGA